AUGGACUCCAACGGACAAGUCCCCAUUAAGUUCGAUUCGUUUGCGAACAUCAUCAACGGUCAGGUUGCUGGCUCAGCUCACUCAUACUAUGGCAUCGAUCCGGUCACCAAAGAGAAACUUUGGGACGUACCAGUCGCGACUGCAGAAGACGUGGAAAAUGCAGUGGCCAGUGCCAAUACUGCUUUUUCGCGCUGGAGGCACACUACGUGGCAAUUUCGAACGGAGCAGAUCUCCCAGUUUAAGGCCGUCUUUCAAUCUUACCAGGACCAACUGGUAGAUCUGCUCGUUAGAGAAGCAGGCAAGCCUCGGAUGGUCGCUAUGGGAGAGAUACAGACGUGUGUGCAGCUACUCGACUGGCAUAUCAAGCUUAAAGAGCCUCGAGGCGAGAGCUAUGACUUUCCAGACAAAACGAUCGAAAACAAGUUUGUACCUUUGGGCGUGGCCGUGGCGAUCUGCCCUUGGAACUUUCCGCUGCUAAUCAGCACGGGAAAGUGGUUACCGGCGAUACAAAUGGGGAACAGCGUCAUCGUCAAGCCGAGUCCGUUCACACCCUACGCGACUCUCAAAGUUGUAGAGCUGGCGAACCAGAUAUUCCCUCCCGGUGUCGUGCAGGUACUUGGAGGGGACGAUUCACUUGGUCCUACGCUCGUAGAGCAUCCUCGAGUCCAUAAAAUCAGUUUCACAGGCUCGAUCGCUACAGGAAAGAAAAUUUUAGCCGUGGCAGCAAAAACGGUCAAACGAGUCACUUUGGAACUGGGAGGUAACGACGCAUCGAUAGUCCUGCCAGACGCCAACAUAGGGAAAGCAGCGCCUAUGGUUGCCAUAGGCGCCUUCUUCAACACAUCUCAAGUCUGCAUUGCUGCGAAGCGGAUCUACGUCCACUCAUCCAUCUACCGACCAUUCUUAGAUGCUUUGGUGAAUGUCACGCGCUCGUUCAAGCUCGGGACCACAGAGAACGAGGGAUUUGCGCUGGGUCCCAUCCAAAACGCAACGCAGUACGACAAGGUGAAGACGUUCCUCAAAGAUAGCAAAGACAGAGGCUACAAAUUCGCCCUCGAACCCGACGAGGGGGCGGUCGACACCAUGAACGGUUUCUUCCUUCAGCCCGCUAUCGUGGACAACCCACCUGAAGACAGCAAGAUCGUGAAAGAAGAGCCUUUCGGCCCAAUUGUACCCGUUCUGUCUUAUGACAGUAUUGAGGAGGUGGUCGAUCGCGCUAAUAAUUCGAAUACUGGCUUGGGAGCGACGGUGUUCGGAACCGACCCUGAAACACUUCGGCGCGUGGCAGACGGCCUAGAGGUUGGCAGUGUCUGGAUCAACGGAUAUCCCAGUGUCGCUCCUGAAGCACAGCUCAGCGGAGCUAAAGAGUCUGGCCUUGGAACCGAGUUUGGUACUCUCGGAAUUCUCGCCUACGCCAACACCAAGGCUAUCUGGACGUUCAAAUCCACCUAA